AAAACCUAACCCAAUAUCCUUCAUCUCCUUUUUCCCUCUCUUUUUCUGGUGUAUUCAGCCCCAACUCUCUCUCAUUUUCUCAGCUACCAUUCACCCCAUCUCUUCACCUCGUUCCCCUCUCUCUUCCUCCCCCUUAGAAUCGUGCAAACCCACGCGAAAUCACGUAGCAGUGCACCCUCAACAACUUGGACGACCUAAAGCAGCGCACAUGACCCACUUCUUCUCCAGCAAAAUCACGUAGCUCCGUUGAACAUCCGUUGCGCAAGAACUCCCACGAAAGAGCAUCAACCCACACAAACAUCAUCGUUGUGCCCUUCUGCAAGUAGAACUCACGAUAUCUGCGACACCCACUUUCCUUCCACAAUCUGUCAUCCGGCUACAUCCACGAUGCUUUCCCCUCAAUCUCUGUGACAACAGCAACCUAAUGAGCGACGAGACCUGCGAUCAGCGAUGUUUUUCCCCUCAAUCGGUUCAGUUUGACACAUACCCAUUUCUUUUCGACUUCAUGUUUGCACUACCCACUUCCUAAUGAUUUGAUUUAUGUAAGAUUAAGCAUAUUCAGACACGUUCUAGCAAGGAUUUGAGUCCGGUGGAGUUAGUUUCAACAGGGAUGGAACAGAAUUUUUGGUCUACAUCAAACGUAUGAUUGUUGUAAGACCAUUUCGGCUGCUUUGACUCUUGAUUAGAGGGUAGACGACAAUCUUGGGACUUGAAAGGGAACCUCAUUGAAAAUGUAACAAUUCAUUUCCUUUAACUUCCUAUGCAGACUUUACACUCUCAACCGAAUACAUUGAAUGCAUUCCGAGGUUCUUUGGUCUUGAUCAUCCGUAUCACUUUCUCCAUUUGGUUCUUGUUCGUAUCCUGACAACGAAAAACAAGAGGACUGAUCUGCUCCCCGUGUAAAACGUUUGAAGAGAGGAUUCUAUGAUGGAUGUACAAAUGAAGGACGAAAAGAGCUUGGAAGAAGAAGAUGAUUACGUUGAAUAUGUUCCUGUGGCAAAGCGUAGAGCAAUGGAAGCUCAAAAGAUUCUUAUGCAUAAGGGUAAGGCUUCUGCCCUUGAGGAAGAGUUGGAGAAAUCACGACUUGCUGAAGCCAAGCCUAGUCUCCUUGUAAAAGCAUCUCAGAUGAAACGUGACCAACCAGAGGUUAGUCCAACAGAGCAGAUUGUUCAGCAAGAGAAGGAGAUGAUUGAGCACUUAUCUGAUCGUAAAACUCUGAUGUCAGUUCGUGAACUAGCAAAAGGCAUUACUUACACAGAGCCAUUAUUAACUGGAUGGAAGCCACCAUUACCUAUCAGGAGGAUGCCAAAAAAGGCAUGUGAUUUGAUUAGAAAACAGUGGCACAUAAUAGUUGAUGGCGACGAGAUUCCUCCGCCUAUUAAAAACUUCAAGGACAUGAGACUCCCUGAACCAGUUUUGAAGAAAUUGAAAGAAAAAGGAAUCGUGCAACCUACUCCCAUUCAAGUCCAAGGUCUACCAGUGAUUUUAUCUGGCAGAGAUAUGAUUGGAAUUGCAUUUACGGGUUCAGGAAAGACCCUAGUUUUUGUUCUUCCUUUGAUAAUGAUUGCAUUACAAGAAGAGGUCAUGAUGCCCAUUGUUUCAGGAGAAGGACCUUUUGGUUUGAUUAUUUGUCCUUCAAGGGAGCUUGCUAGACAGACUUAUGAAGUGGUGGAACAGUUUUUACUUCCCAUGAAGGAGGCUGGAUAUCCAGAACUAAGGCCUUUACUUUGUAUAGGUGGAGUGGAUAUGAGAUCACAGAUUGAGGUUGUGAAGAAGGGUGUUCAUAUUGUUGUUGCAACCCCUGGGAGGUUGAAGGAUAUGCUGGCAAAAAAGAAAAUGAAUCUUGACAAUUGCAGGUAUCUUACUUUAGAUGAGGCUGAUAGAUUAGUGGAUCUGGGAUUCGAAGAUGAUAUUAGGGAAGUUUUUGAUCAUUUUAAGGCUCAACGCCAAACUCUAUUAUUUUCUGCCACAAUGCCUACCAAAAUUCAAAAUUUUGCAAGAAGUGCCCUAGUAAAGCCUGUGACUGUUAACGUGGGAAGAGCUGGAGCUGCGAAUCUUGAUGUCAUCCAGGAGGUCGAGUAUGUGAAACAAGAGGCAAAAAUUGUUUACUUGCUUGAGUGCCUGCAGAAAACUCCACCUCCAGUCUUGAUAUUCUGUGAGAAUAAAGCUGAUGUAGACGACAUUCACGAGUAUUUACUCUUGAAAGGUGUUGAAGCAGUGGCAAUUCAUGGAGGAAAAGAUCAGGAAGAGAGAGAGUAUGCUAUAUCUUCCUUCAAGGCGAGCAAGAAAGAUGUAUUGGUUGCUACUGAUGUUGCAUCAAAGGGUUUAGAUUUUCCAGACAUUCAACAUGUUAUCAACUACGAUAUGCCAGCUGAAAUUGAGAACUAUGUCCAUAGGAUUGGACGGACAGGACGAUGUGGUAAGACAGGAAUUGCAACAACAUUCAUAAACAAGAAUCAAAGUGAAACAACUCUCCUUGAUUUAAAACACCUUCUGCAAGAAGCAAAACAGAGAAUUCCACCGGUGUUGGCCGAGCUGAAUGACCCUAUGGAGGACGUGGAAGCGAUCACCAAUGCAAGUGGUGUCAAAGGUUGUGCUUAUUGUGGUGGACUUGGUCACCGUAUCCGUGACUGCCCCAAGUUAGAGCACCAGAAAAGCAUGGCAAUUGCAAGUUCAAGAAGAGAUUAUUUUGGAUCAGGCGGUUAUAGAGGAGAAAUUUGAGAAAGCCCAGAACAUAGUAAGGAUAUUUUUGUUUGAUUUCCCCUUCACUCUUCGCAGGCUGUAACUGUAUAAACUAAUAAAUUAGUGUUAUAUAUUCCAAUGAAAUCAUGUAGUUUGUUGUUUUGUCUGCGUUGACA